AUGAACAAGGAACAAGAAGAAGAAAAUAGACAGCUACAAGAGGACGAAAUAACAGCGUUGGAAUGCAUCUUUCCAGACUCGUUCAAAAGGGAUGCGAGUUCACCAGACGCCUUCAUGUAUACCCUGAAUCUCGAUGAAGGCCAAGUUGAUCUCCGUUCGCCUCGAAAGCUGGUACUGCGGUUCUUUCUACCCCCUACCUACCCUAACCAGGAUAUGCCCAUUUACGAAAUUUCGUCCAUUUACUGUGGCACCAAAAAGAUAGACAAUGACAUGAUGGACGCUAUCGAUGCUGGAUUUCAGUCUCUCUUUCAACCCACCGAAGUAGUGCUGUACGAAUGGAUCAGUUGGCUGACCGAUUAUCUGGAAGAGCACGUGAAGCCUGUCAGCGACGAGGAACCUGUACAUAACGUACACGAAGUCAAGGUUGUGGUUGCCCACCUGUUGCAAAACAAAAAGAUUGCAAAAGCAACUCACAAUAUAUUGGCUUAUCGUAUUACCAUGCCAGAUGGGAAAGUACUUCAAGAUAACGAUGAUGAUGGUGAAUCGGCUGCUGGCGAAAAUGUGGUUGUGGUUGUGACGAGAUGGUUUGGUGGUAUUCAUUUAGGUCCGGAUAGAUUCAAGGAUAUUAACAAUGUUGCACGUAAAGCACUAGAUGAAUGUGGUUAUAUCAAUGAUAAACAUGUAAAAAAUAAGCAACAGCAUAAAAAGAAUAAUAAUCAUAGAAAGUAA